GCGUGGAAGGAUGAAAUAUGGUGCUUUACAGGCAUGGAAGAAGAUGAGUCAGCACCUCAGGGAGUUCUCCUCCGCGGGCCCGGAGCCUGCCGUUAACCGUGCGGGAGCCGCAGGGAUAUGAAUUGCCCUCGCCCCUGGGUGCCCGCGGCGUGCAGGGACUGAGCGGGAGCCGGACGGGCCAUGGGGUGUCCUGCGCGGGGCCUCGUCCGCACCCCGGGCACUGCCGCCUCCGGCUGAGAAGCUGCUGCUGUGAGACCCCGACGGCUCUUCCUGACGGCUCCGAGGGGCGAACACGAGUGUGAGCUCCUGCCUGCCACUGCGCCUGAGGCACCUGCUCUUGGUCUUCAGAGAGCACAGCACGAGCACCGUGGGAGGGACUGAGCUGAAUAAAAGACCGUGCGCUCAGUGCCAGUGUCUAAUGGCCCCGAAGUGAAGAGCCGAGCGCUGCUCCGGCGGCAGCGCGGCCGGCCUGCCACAGAUGAACCCUCCUAACUAGCGCCGAGGGGUCGGGAGGGACGGCGAGGAGGGGAGAGCCCGAGGGGCCAGCCGGGAAGACGAGGAUAGCGGUGGAUAGCAGUGUGCGGAAGAGGACGGACCCGCGAGCAGCUCCACGGCUACCUGUCGACACAUGCUGUGCUCCAUGGCUAACUCGGGCUGCCUCCUUGUCUCCAACUCAGGCAUGCUUCCUCACUCUCUCCCCUGUCCUCCAGCCUUCCUCUACCUCCAACAGGGUAACCAGGACACCACGGCUCCGCCGGACGCGAUGGCUCAGCCCUACCCCCCGGCCCAGUACCCCCCGCCCCCCCAGAACGGAAUCCCCGCAGAGUACGCACCACCGCACCCCCACCCCACGCAGGACUACUCGGGGCAGAGCACAGUACCGGAGCACGCCAUGACCCUCUACACACCAGCACAGAGCCACGCCGAGCAGCCGGGCACCGACGCCAGCACACAGUCCAUAGCAGGGACACAGACGGUACCGCAGACAGACGAGGCGGCACAGACAGACAGCCAGCAGCUACAUUCCUCAGACAACACAGACAAGCAGCAGCCUAAGAGGUUACACGUCUCCAACAUCCCCUUCCGAUUCCGGGACCCUGACCUGCGGCAAAUGUUUGGGCAAUUCGGGAAGAUACUGGAUGUGGAGAUCAUUUUCAAUGAACGGGGCUCCAAGGGUUUUGGGUUUGUAACUUUUGAAACUAGCACAGAUGCCGACCGGGCACGAGAGAAGCUGAAUGGCACCAUCGUAGAGGGCCGGAAGAUUGAGGUGAACAAUGCCACAGCCCGCGUCAUGACCAACAAGAAGGUGGCCAACCCUUACACCAACGGCUGGAAGCUGAACCCAGUGGUGGGAGCAGUCUAUGGCCCCGAAUUCUACGCAGUAACGGGAUUCCCAUACCCCACCACGGGGACAGCCGUGGCCUACCGAGGGGCACACCUACGGGGACGGGGACGCGCCGUCUACAACACCUUCCGAGCUGCGCCGCCGCCGCCACCCAUCCCAACCUACGGCACGGUCGUCUACCAGGACGGGUUCUACGGAGCUGAGAUCUAUGGGGGCUAUGCUGCCUACAGGUACGCCCAGCCUGCGGCAGCAGCGGCAGCGUACAGUGACAGUUACGGCAGAGUGUACGCAGCAGCAGACCCCUACCACCACACCAUCGGCCCUGCCGCCACGUACAGCAUCGGCACCAUGGCUAGUCUAUACCGAGGAGGGUACAGCCGCUUCACUCCCUACUAGCAAGACAGACCCAGCCCCCCCACCACUGCCCCUGAUGCUCACUAGCACCAAACCAAACCAGGCAGACAGAGCCGAGGCCGAGCCUGCGGAGGACCCGCGGGCACUGCCUGGGUGGCCGGGGCUGGCGCCGGGCUCUGCGGGGCCGCGGCACCCACACCUGUAGGGUUACCUCAGCCGCUCCGUCCCGCCGCACCUCUCCUGCUCCGUCCGCCCGCCCCGGGGACCGCGGGGAACGGGCCCAGCCCUCGGCCCCAGUGGCACCCCGUUUCCAGAGCUGGGGUGCAGGGUCCCCCCACAGGCACUGCCCUGGCUGGGGUGCAGAGGGCUCGUUCCCCUGUGAGGCAGGAGGGGAUGCUCAGCCCGCCGGGGUGCUCAGCCCACAGGGAUGCUUGACCCGAGGUGCUGGGGCAUGGGGCGAUGGCAGCUCCCAAGCAGCCCCUCUGCCCCCAUAGGAGAGAGAGGAGCUGGCGGGGGCUGCUGCCAGCUCUGGAGACAGAUGGGGUUGGGGAAGGUGCAGGACCCCAAGGCACCCCCGGGCAAUAGCACUUCUCUGGGCUGACCGCGCUGCUCUGCAGAGCUGAGUGCAUGAGGCUGGGCUGGCUGUAUGGGCUCGGGGGCCAGGUUGGUGCCUGUGUCCCCCCUGGCCAGUGGCUCGGCCAGGCUGCUCCAGCGAAAGA